GCAAGUGAUUACUAAUUUUGUCUGUAUUGUCACUGUCAUUAUUCAUUUUUUUCGUCUAAUAUUUUUAAGGUUAAAUAACGUGUUGUCUAGUAUAUUUAUUAAUUUACAAUGGAUGAUAAUGAAGAAACUGAUUUUGUAGCUUCGGAACAUGGUCGACUUAUCAGUGCAGUGUCCAAAUUAGAUAAAACGCAACAUAUAACUGAACCUACACGAAACGAACCAACUAAGUCAAAUUCUGAAUUUAAUUUGAUUAAAAGAUCUAACAAAUUGAACCUCAGUGAUGUAGCAAAAAUCUUAGAAAAUACAGCACAUCAUGUACAAAUAAGUAAAAAGUUGAAAAACAGUCAGAGCAUAUCCACUAUACUGCCAAAACCUUUAGAAAAACCUCAGGCUGAACGCAUCAAAAGGACAACGGGUUAUGAACAAGCCAAGGAAAAGGUUGGACGAUGGGACGCUGUGGUGGCUCGGAGCAGAACUCUGGAUUACGUGACAUUUCCUCUUAGAAAUGUUGCGCCCAAACUUCAGCCCACAAAUGAAUUCAUAUCAAAGUUUAAAUUGAAGUCGCCACUGGAAAAAGAGCUAGAACAGAUAGAUCCUCCAUUUGAGGAAGAAGAGGCAGAAGAAGAAAAAAUAUUCCCUAUGUCAUAUUUAGAAAUGGUGGAGCAACGGCAACAUAUAGCUAAAUUAAGGGCACAGCAAUCAUAUAAAGCAGCAAAAGCUAAAAGACAAAGUAAAAUAAAGAGCAAGAAAUAUCAUCGUAUAUUGAAAAAAGAAAAACUAAAACAGCAACUGAAAGAAUUUGAAGAGUUACAAAAGAUAGAUCCUGAAGAAGCACUUAAAAAAUUAGAGGCACUUGAAAAAGCUAGAGCUUUGGAAAGACAUACACUAAGACACAAAAAUACUGGUAAAUGGGCAAAAAAUCAAAUGGUUCGAGCUAAAUAUGACAAAGAGGUAAGACAACAAAUUGCAGAACAACUUGCAGUCAGCAGAAGUUUAACAAAAAAAGUAGAAGAUACUGAAAGUACAGAUGAAGAUGGUGAUAAUGAUGUAGUCAUACCAGACAUUUCUUUAGCACAAGAUCCAAUGAAUCCUUGGAUGAUGCAAAGGUCAGAUAAAUCAAAUGUUGAUGCUAAUUUUGAUUUUGGCUACAAAAAAUAUUUAAAAAACCGAAUGUAUAAGCGGAAAACUGAUAGUGACACUGACUCACAUGAUGAAGAUACCAAUGAGGAUAAAAAUAAAAUCGACAUUUUAAAGAAAAGUAUUGAAAAAAUGAAUCAUGGAAUAGAGCAAGAGUCUUAUGAUUUAAAUAAUGAAAACAAUAUAAAUAAUUUUGAACAAGAGAAAAAUACAAAUAACAAAAACAAUGAGCAACCUAUUGUUAAGAGUACUGAAAAGAAAAAGACAAAUAAAAGAAAGCAACAAUUAAUAAACCAACCACAAGAAAUUAAAACCAAAAUUGCCACAAAUAAACCAAUAGCUACUUCAAGUUGGGUUGUUGAAUCACUUGUCAAUCUUCAAACAGAAGAGAUACAGAAUACUAAAGAUGAAAUUAUAUCUGCAUUUGAUACUUUGGAAAAUGAUAUGGUAAAUAAAGUAGAAAUUAAAUUAAAGGACCUUAGGAAAAGUAUUGAAAAUUUAGAAGAAAAAGAAAAAAGGAAGUCUGUUUUUGAAAAACUGGAGAAGAAAAAGAAAGAAAAAGACAAUGUUGAAUAUUUGAAAUUCAAACAACAAAAGAAAAAAGUAAUUAUUGAUGAGAAUUUAAUUGAAACUAGCACAAAAACUGAUGAUGCUGAAAAUGAUGGUAAUAUUAAAUCUAUUCCGUUUAAUAGCAACACUCAAGAUAACACAAAUAUGAAUAUAGACCCUAGUAGAUUUAUUGAAGUUAAACCAAAGUAUCUAAAUAGUGUUCUGCCAAAAGGUAAUGAUGAAUUAGAUCAGUUAGAUGAUGAUGAACAAGUAGUUCCAAAAGUAAAUAUUGAAGAAGUAUUUGAAGAAGAUGAUAUUGUAGCUAGUUUUAGACAAGAGAAAGAAGAUGAAGUAAAAAAAGAUCAACCAGAGGAUAUUGAUUUAACUCUACCAGGUUGGGGUAGCUGGGGUGGAAAAGGUAUUAAACCUCGAAAACGCAAAACAAAUAGGUUCAUUCUUAAAGCUCCCCCAAAAAUGCCACGCCGUGAUGACAAUAAAGGUGAUAUUAUAAUCAAAGAAUUUAAAAAUCCAAAAUUGACAAUCCAUAAAGUAACUGAUGUCCCAUUCCCCUUUGAAAGUGUUAAAGAAUAUGAAGCUUCAAUCCGAGCCCCUAUUGGCAAUACAUUUGUGCCAGAAAAAGCACAUAAAAUGUUAAUACGUCCUGCUGUGAUUACAAAAGCAGGUACAGUGAUUGAACCAAUGGAUGAGGAAGAAUUGAUUGAACGAAAAAAUGUUAUAUUUAAUAAUAAAAAUGUUAUUAAACUUUUGGCAAAGAAAUAAAGUUUUAAGUAUGCA